UUGCAACAAAGAGUUAAACGGACACCAAUUGGACCGGACAACGACGACUUCGUGACGUCAGCCGCCCAGAAACAAAAAAUUUCUUUCCUCGAAAACAAUUUAGAUCAGCUGACGAAGGUCCACAAACAGCUUGUGCGCGACAAUGCGGAUCUCCGUUGUGAAUUGCCUAAGCUGGAAAAGCGGCUUCUCGAAUCGGCGUUGAAAGAGGCAAAGGAGGCAGCCAUGAAGGAUCGCAAGAAAUACCAAUACGAAGUUGAGCGCAUCAAAGAAGCUGUUCGCCAAAGAAAUUUGGCCCGCCGCGGAUUCUCAGCCGCCCAGAUUGCAAAACCCAUCCGCCCUGGUCAACAUCCACCAGCGAUGACACCUAGUCAAGUCAAUGCGGUGAAAACUAGCAACUUCUUGAACAGUAGCUUACCAGAUUAUUCGAGGCUUGCAUCCCUCCGUCAGUUGGCAGCCUCCCAAGGUGAAGGAGUCAAGGACUCGGAGCUGUCAGAUGUCUAG